UUUCUGUAGUUUGCUUGAGUUUUGUGGUUUUUGUUGUCAACAUUGUUAGGAGUCCUGAACUAUCACCUUGUUUUGUUUUUGUAGAUAUUAUUUUUGAGAAUCUUCGUUUAGGAUGCUAAGCUUAGGAAAUUCAACUCUGUAAGGGAGUGGUCUGUAUUAGUACAAAUCUCUAGACUAUGAUAUAAGCAAUAUCUGAUAAGCAUGAAAAUGCUUGCUAAAAGGAAGAGCUCUUCUGCAAAACUGACAAUUAUUUGUGUUUAUAUAUUGCCGGUAUAUAAGUUAUUUGUUCUCAUUCUGAAUGUGAUAAUUGGUCUCAAAGAACUUUUUGCUUUAAUCGAAAUGAUGAUGAGUAUUGUUUCUUUUGCAAAUAUGAUAUCUCAAACAUUUCAGUUGGAGUGGUGGACAUUGUCUGCUUUGUAAAACAGUUCAAACUUCUUGUGGCUUGAACAUUAUGAAGCCCUAAAAUUAUAGUUUAUUUGUUCCUUUCCCUUCAAUUUUUGAAUUCCUGGAUAUGUGGUGACAUAAAAGCACCAAAAAGUUAGCAUUAUUCGUUAUUGCCCGUAGUUGGUUGAUGAAGCGCAUUUGUAUUUCUGUUUGGAUUUUGUGUUUUUAGAGAAAUAUAAAGAAUAUGUUAUAAUUUUGUGUUUGUUUGGACUGUCAGGCAUUUUAGAGUAAGAAAAAGAUGCCAGACUCUGAUCUUGAAAUGGAGAAGGAAAAUCUUUCCGUUCUUGUUCCACAUGGAUUGAACUCUGAUGGAAAGAUUCGUACAUUGGAAAAAGAGCUGGAAAUGACUAGAGAAAAACUUAUUGCGUCAGAGCAAGAGAGUACAAAAUUAAAGGGUAAUCUCUCUGAAGUGAUUUUGAAAAAUGCUGAUCAAUUGAAGCAUCUGCUUAGUCAAGAUGCUGAGCAGAGAGUUGAACUAGCAAAUAAUGCUUCCAAAAUUAGUUUCUUGGUGAAUCAGCUAGAAAUGGCUAAAGAGAAACUUCAAAGUUCAGAAGAAGCGAAUACCAAGUUGAACUUUGAUCUCUCAAAAAUUGUUUCUGAAAGCACUCAAUUAAGUGAUCAGUUGGAAGCAAGUCGUAGUGAUGUACGUGUGUUGGAAGCUCAACUUGAUUCUGGAAAAAAGCAUGCCUUGGAACUGGAGGACAUGUACAAAUCCAAGCUUUUAGAUCAGGAAAGUGAGAUCAAGAGAAUCAAUUCAGAAUAUGAUGGUGCAAAGGAGCACUUUCUUUUGGAGAAAGAACAGCUCCAAUCUGUUAUAUCUAGUUUGUAUGUGCAGCUGGCCUUACAAAAGAAAAUGCAGGAAGCACUGGAGAUGCGAAACAAAGCAUUAGUGGAUGUCUUCAUACAAAUCAAAGGACUAGAGGAUCACUUUAAGUCUGAGUUGCAUUUCAAAGAGACGCUCAUUGGCGAGGCCAAUAAAGAAUUUGCUGGCUUCAAAUUGAAGAUUGACACCCUAAUGACCGAAAAAGAUGAGAACAUUGCUACACUACAGACGUUGAAAGCAGUACUCUCCUCCCGAGAUGAUCAAAUUCAGCAGCUGGAGGAUAAUGUGAAGCAGCUGCAUUCCAAAUGUUUAGAUCUAAGUGCAGGAUCUGAGAGUGCAGAGAAAUUAAUAAAUGAAUUGCAACAGAGAGUGGUGCACUUGGAGAAAGAAGUGGGUAUGCAGAAUGCAGUAAUCUCUGAUAGGGCAGAGGAGAAAAGGGAGGCUAUAAGGCAACUAUGCUUCUCACUGGAGCAUUACAGAAAUGAAUAUCAACAGCUGCGUGAGGCAUACAUUGAGAAAAAAAAAAAGAGGCUAACCAUUUUUGCUUAAUAAGGUUUCCGCAGUGAAUUCACGAGAACGUGGGCAAAGCCAACACCAUGCUGUGGAGGAUAAGUGGAGACCGCCUGCAGCGAACAGGUUGAAAUUGAACACAGAUGCAGCGUUGAAUAAAGAUCAAAAUAAAACGGGGAUCGGGUGGAUACUACGGGAUGACAUGGGAUCUUUCCUAGCGGCGAAGAAUGUUUGCAUGCCGGGGCUGUACUCUGUGGCGGAGGCGGAGAUGAUAUGCAUCCGGGAAGCUCUUUCAUGGCUAAAGAACACCGGGAUGGGGAAUGUGAAUGUGGAGAUGGAUUCACAUUUGUUAUUAUGCUUUACAUUCAUGUUCUUUUGUUAGUACAUUUGGUUUUCUAGUAGAUGAUGUAAAGGAACUUGCCUCAAUCAUAAAAGGGGUGAGCUCUGGUUUUGUCAAGCGAUAUGUGAAUCGUGCGGCUCAUGUGUUGGCGGACGCGGCUGCUUCUA